AUGUACCAUUCUCAAAAUUAAUCGAUUGGUUAUCGAUAAGUAUUUUCCAUAUCUAGGUUUGAAUUGAAUUUUAUUUACAUUGUCUCUUGUUUGAUUCUGUCUACUAUAAUGUAAAAUCGAAACAGUUUACAAAAAAGUACGAACUUAUGAUGGCAAUUAUCUACAAGGUUCAAGCGGAUUCUAUUCCAAACAUAAAUAAAAAGGUGAUCUGCAAUAUUUCGCCAAAAAAUAUAGUUGCGUACAGCGUUAGCGAUGAAAUUGAUGCCGGUAGCCGCAUAUGGGUCUGCGAUCUCAUAUCACCCUGGCAAUUAUAUAGUGUGACGAGUACAAAAAACGAAAUUAGAGUUUUGGAAUGGAACAGCAAUGGAGAACUAUUAUUGGCAGGUUAUAGCAAUGGGCUUGUGGAAAUAUGGUCCACAGAGAAAGUCUUAAAUAACUGGUACCAAGUAUAUAAAGUAAAUUUUAAUGGCGAAGAUAUAAUAUCUGCAACAUUUUUCCACAAUGGAAAAAGUAUAUUCUUUCACACACAAAAAAAGGAAUUGCCGACAUACGCCGACAAGUUUGAACGUUUAGAAUAUCGAGCUACGGUUGAACAUUUCGGAAGUGCUCCAGCUGAAGGCGUGGUGGUAAUUACUUCGUCGGGAUUAGUAGGUGCUUUCAUUACUCCACAUAAAAAAUUAAAUGAAACAAAUAGCCAAGUCAUCGAACUUAAAGCAGUUACUCAAAGUAUUGGUCUUUCUAGAUUUUACAUAUCACUUUGCAGCAUGGCUCAUUGUCCGAAUGGUCACCUAAAUGUUGCGGUAACAUAUACUUGUAGACCGAAAAUAGUUUACUGUUUUAAAGUGGCGUUAAAUAUUGAUAAUGACAACUUGUUUCUAAAAUGUGAAGCACUCCCUAGUAUAUUCUUCAAUGCAAUCAAUUAUAAACAAAUAUCCCACAUUGGUUGGAUUUCUUCAAAUAAAGAGGAUGUUUUAUAUAUCGGUUACAAUACAAUAGAGGGAAGUUUGCUGGAGCAGUGGCAUUUAAGCAAAAAACAUCAAGCCGUUCAUAAAUUACUACAAAAAAAUAAGGGAGAUUUCGUUCAGAGUGAAACGUGGGAAAAUAUUGCUAAAGUUCCGUUCGGUGUCGGUAUAGCCAAUGUAUGCAGCUCUAAGCUAUUAACACAGACUACUCAAAUUUUUGUCGUUUUAAAAGAUAAUACCAUACAAAUUGUUGAGCCUGGUCUGAAAAAGGUGGCUUUGGUUAUAUCCGACCGAUUAAUGUCGGAUGAUCUGUAUAGUCUCAGCAAAUUUGUGUCAGCAGACAUAACACAUAUGAAUCAAGUACUUGUACUCUUUGAUAAUUAUGGUCAAAUGUAUGCAACGCAAGUAACAAAUCCGGUAACAGACAAAAAUUAUAAGUUGAGCACAUUGUCCUUGCAAACCUCGCUUUUGGAGUAUUGUAUUAUAACUGGUAUCGAUGCAAGUGACAUACUUAUGUUAAAUUUAAAUAACUUGGAAAUACUUAUUGAAAAACUAACGGAAAAUUUUACAAAGCAAUCUACAAUAACGCGACAUUUCUACUAUUCUAAUUUCUUAUGUAUGAAGAGCAAUAUGUGCAGAAUUCAAUCACGACAACAUGAUUUUGAUAAUUUAAUAAUUUUGCAUACAAUAUCAAUAACAUUUAAAAGCUUACUACGUCCUGCUGACCUAAGUUGUCAGGAUAAAGGUCCUGGUGAUAAUUUAGUCAUGAUACUACAGGAUCCUUCUACAGAUAUCGACAAAGUACUAUUUAGUUUGGACGGAAAAGAUUUCGCUGUCGAGCCACUAACACUGCAAAGUCUACAACAACUCAUACAAUGGGUAUCUGAUUUAGCAUUAAAUAUUCUGAAAAAGCUACCAAAUGAAGUUAUUAAAGCGAAGAUGAGUAAAAAACAAGGAUACGACAUAAGCAGAGACAGCGUAGCUAUUAGCAGCAUAAGAGAACUAUUGGUAAUGACACGAAUAUGGGGCCUCUUAAAUCCACACUGUCUACCGACAUAUACAAAAUCUGUGGAAAACAUUGACGUUUUAGCGACUUUAUUUAGACUUCUAACACGUUUGGCCCAAAAUACUGCAGAACCAGAUGACUUUUUAUUAGACGAAUGCAGUCUUUUAUCUACUCAAGUCCUCAUUCCUCAAAAACAAUUUAACAAUCCAGCAACAUUAUUAAAUAAUCAUCUGUCGCUUUACAAAUCAUAUCCAUUUAUAUUUGUUGCAUCUAAGGAACCAAGUUGGCUGAAGGACGUUAACUACGAGGAAGUUGUAUUUAUUAGCGAUUUGAAAGAUGGAGUUAGUAAUCUGCAUUUGGGAGCAAAAGUUAGUGCACUUAGACACUGUAUAAGAUGUGGAUUAAUAAAUUGUUUACUAAAUGUAUCAAAAACAUCUGCAAUGAAAGCAUGGUGCCAAAGAUGGUUAUAUUGUCAUUGUGGAGGUUAUUGGAAGAAAAUGUAA